GUCAUGCCAUCUAUAGAUCUUGGUGAGCUUACAGCAGUUAACUGAUGUCCCCAGUUUGAAAUAUCGUACGCAUCUUUUCCCACUUGCGGUGGAUCACCCUUGAUUUUCUCACUUUGAGAAGUAUUGAAAGGUUUGCCGCAGAUACUAAUUUAAAUGUGUUUUGCAGGACUGGAGUAUCGUGUCAUUUUUAGUUUUAUUUUAAUGACCUGGAGGCGCUUUCCACUUUGAUCGGUGCCAUUUGACGUCGGAAAACACAGAACUCCUGCUGCACUCCUGGUAUUAAGAAAAGAAGAAGAGAACGCGACAGACGAAGCUCACACUGGCGUACUUGCUGGAUUAUAUUGCUUUUCCUGUCCAUUUGAUGAGUUGGAAUAUCUGAGUGCAGAAUACGCAGCGAGAGUGGGGAUGAAACUAUAGAAAUAUUGUCCUGGGAAGGUCCUGCAACCGCUUCUCUCGUAGUGCAGGUUACUCUGUUAGCAGAUCCCUCGAAUAGUGGGUGAAGGAUGUACCGUGUCCGUUUUCAUUGCAUUGGAUAUUCAGGAGGUAAAACAAAAUGCCAUGGAUUAAUCGUGGAAUAAAAUUCGUUCACUGAAAAUAUCACAUGAAGGCACACAAUGGAUGAACGCCUGAAAAGCAAGGAGAAAGACUGAUCCAAUGAAGUGUCUCACUGCUAUAUCACAUGACAGGAAGAGACGUACCCUGGAACCGCCCAUCAGGAAGAAGGAAGUGAAAGACUGAUUGGCUAUAACCAGCUCGAACACAAGAAGCUUACAUUCCAGACUGCAGGCCGUGAUCGCAGCCACUGGGUGUGACAUCGUACAAUAGCAGUGGGACUGUGUGACAGUCAGCAUGACCCCAUCGCUGGUGACCCCACCGACGAGCGAGGAUGGAAACCUGACCUAAAGGGAUUCCUGUCUCACCGCCCUCACCAUUACACUGUUCCAGCGUGUGAGUUGACCAUGGACAAAGUGCUCCGUGGCCUGCUGCUCCUGGGAACCGCUGUGACCAUGGCCCGCGCAUGCCCCAAGUACUGCGUCUGCCAGAACCUGUCCGAGUCGCUGGGCACGCUCUGCCCCUCCAAAGGCCUGCUGUUCGUGCCCCCGGACAUCGAUCGGCGAACGGUGGAGCUGCGGCUGGGCGGCAACUUCAUCCUCCGGAUCACCCAGCAAGACUUCGCCAACAUGACGGGCCUGGUGGACUUGACCCUGUCCCGAAACACCAUCGGAUUCAUCCAGCCCUUCUCCUUCUCCGACCUGGAGACCCUGCGCUCGCUGCACCUGGACAACAACCGCCUGACAGAGAUCGGCCCGGACGACCUGCGAGGGCUUAUCAACCUGCAGCACCUCAUCCUCAACAACAACCAAAUGGAGCGCAUUUCGGAGCGGGCCUUUGAAGACCUGGCGCUGACGCUCGAGGACCUCGACCUGUCCUACAACAACCUGCGGGGCCUGCCCUGGGACUCCGUGCGGCAGAUGGUGAAUCUGCACCAGCUCAGCUUGGACCACAACCUCAUUGACUACAUCCCAGAGGGCACCUUCACCGACCUGGAGCGGCUAGCUCGCCUGGACCUCACUUCCAACCAGCUGCAGAAGCUGCCGCCCGACCCCAUCUUCGCCCGUGCCCAGGACACGGUGGUGCUCACCACGCCCUACGCGCCCCAGCUGUCCCUCAGCUUCGGCGGGAACCCUCUGCACUGCAACUGCGAGGUUCUCUGGCUGCGCAUGCUGGAGAGGGAUGAUGACCUUGAGACCUGUGCUUCCCCUCCCAACCUGAAGGGGCGCUAUUUUUGGCACAUUGCGGAAGAGGAGUUUGUCUGUGAGCAGCCCCUCAUUACUCAGCACACCCACAAGCUGCUGGUCCUGGAGGGGCAGACCGCCAGCAUGAAGUGCAAGGCCAUCGGUGACCCCGCACCCACAAUCCACUGGAUCACUCCCGAUAACCGGCUGAUAGCCAAUUCUUCUCGGACCGUGGUGUAUGGGAAUGGCACGCUGGAUAUCCUCAUCACCACGUCGAAGGACUACGGUACCUUUACCUGCAUCGCGGCUAAUGUGGCCGGGGAGUCCACCGCCACUGUGGAGCUGUCCAUCGUCCAGCUCCCGCACCUCACCAACGACACGGGCCGCACCUCACAGCCAAAGUCCCGGCUCUCUGACAUCACCAGCUCCACCAAGACCACCAAGGGCGAACCUAAGGCUCAACCCGAGAAGGCAGUGUCAGUGACGGAGGUGACAGCGGUCUCAGCCCUGGUCGGAUGGACGGUCAGCAAGGCAGCACCCAAAGUCAAAAUGUACCAGCUUCAGUACAACUGCUCUGAUGAUGAAGUGCUGAUCUACAGGAUGAUCCCAGCGUCGAGUAAAGCCUUCCUGGUGACAAACCUGGUGUCGGGAACUCAGUACGACCUGUGCGUACUGGCGGCCUGGGAGGACACGGCUACCACCCUCACGGCCACCAACGUGGUGGGCUGCGUGCAGUUCUACACCCGGGACGAGUACCCGCAGUGCCAGUCUCUCCGCAGCCACUUCCUGGGCGGCACCAUGAUCCUGGUGGUGGGCGGCGUGAUCGUGGCCACGCUGCUGGUCUUCAUCGUCAUCCUGAUGGUGCGCUACAAGGCCGGGGGCGAGGACGACGCCCCCGCCAGCAAGCUGCCCAGCGUCAGCGACACGUACUCGCAGACCAACGGGGGGCGCAUGCUGCGGAACGGGCUGCUGCCCACCAAGUCCAAGCCCAAGGUGACCCUGCGGAACGAGGUGGUGGAGUUCAGGUGCGGCUCUCUCCAGAGCAGCGUCUCCUCCUCUUCCUCCUCAUCCUCCUCGGGGCCGGUGGACAGCGGCGCCGGCGACAAUUAUGGACAGGAGGGGGCGCUGUCCAGCAAAUGGAGGACCACCUCCUCGAAGGCCUGCCCCAACCUGGACCACCUGCUGGGGGCCUUCACUUCCCUCGAGCUGCGGGGCCAGAGCAGGGACCCGGGGCCCUCUGGGGCCUCCGCCGCCACGGCCGCGGAGCCGCCAACCGACAAGGAGCCUCUGCUGGGCCGGACAAUGGACUCCACGCUCAGCAGGCUGCUCAUGCUGCCCCUGGACAAUAAGCCCAAGAGGAGCCACUCUUUCGACAUGGGUGACGUCACCUGCACCGACGCCCCCUCGCAGGUCUCCAGCUACCCCAGGAGGAUCAGCCGAAUCUGGACUAAGAGGAGCCUCUCGGUGAACGGCAUGCUCCUGCAGUACGACGAGGAGGGAGAGGUGGAGGAGAGCAAGGGGGGAGCUCUCGAGAGCUCCGAGUGGGUCAUGGAGAGCACUGUUUGAGGGGGAAACAGCGGUCAGUGUUGAAAGAAAGAAAGAACCGUGAAACGAACACCCGGUCUUCUUAAGACGGGGAGGGGGAGGAGCUGUGUUCGACAUAAACCCUGCUGGAGCAGGACUGCUUCCCUCCCCCAUUCCCCGCCCCCCUCCCUCCCUCCCUCCCUCCCCCCGUCCCAGUCCCCCAACCGCAUGAAGUUCAUCCAUGUUAAUCCUGUCAGCCUUCCAUCGCCAUGUGACAAAGACUAAGUCCGAGAUCGUGUUGCUUCGCACUGCUGACGCGGGCCGGCUGAGAAGACUCGCUGGCUGGGUGCGCGCGUAUGCGUGGGGCAGGGUGAGAAGUGGUCGGGGAGGGAAAUGACAAAAUGGCGCCGGGGUCAAUCUGGCGUGAUCGCUGGCAUUCCAGGGCCCUGCAGCUGAGCGCAUAUAUCGGUUCAAGCCGGAUUUAUAGAGGAGUGGGCUACGGACACAUCAUACGGGUGGAUGGCUGCCUAUCACAGUGCUUCAGACUCUUGAUGCAACUUAAGAGCAAAUGUAAUUAAUUCAUUUUGUAUUGUUUCAUUUUUUUUAUUUUAUAGGAAAAACGCACAUCAGUACAGAUUGUUUAUUCCUUCUUUUGAGAUUAUUUUUCUAAACAAAAGUUGGAUUUUGUUGGCUUUUAUUUUUCCUCUUGGUUCCCUUUUGAUCCACAAAGAGUUAUUGCUUGUCAAUACAGGUUUCAUUGAAAAUUUGAGUGAAAAUUGUGGAGUGAUGAGUCAUAAUUGCAAUCAUGUUUGCUUCAGUGACAGAAGCAAUGCUUUUUGCUUGAGAUCUUUCCCAUGAUGUUUCUUUAAGCCAAUAUGGAAAACAGUAAGAAAAUGUAAUUAUUACUAUGGUAUGCAUUACGUGCAGAAAUAUAUUCAUAGAUUUUAAACCAAACUCUCUUUAUUCAUGGUAAGUUACAAAAUCGAAACAUUUUAUUUUUUAUAAAAUUGUCAUAUUUAAUAACAAAUAUAAGAAUACAAUAACUUUAAGGAUGAAGAUUGGUGUGAUCUCAGGUGGCUUUUGACCAUGGCAGUUUAUACAAUAUGUCACAUGGAAGAAAUUAUAAUUGAUAGUUUCCAUUCAAAAUAAUUUCAUUUUUGUGAUACUGGUUUUUUUAUUUUUUUUUUCAUUUUGUACAAAACUUUUAUUCUCAAAAUUCCAUCAGAUGAAAUGAAAAUAAAUCCUUCUACCCCAGUGAAUGAGAAUAUAUAAACAUAAGAUUGUGUUACAUACAUUAUAUAUUCAUACCUAGGCACGCACAUGCAUUCUGCACACAUAUAAAUGCAUAUUUAUUUAGUGAUGUACAAGACCCAUUCAUGGACAUGAAGCAUAUUUAAAUAAAUAUUAAAUAUGUUUUGUUUGUAUAUUUGCCAAUCUGUUGCAAGUGGGAGAGACAUCUGAUUUGUGGGAAUGUUCAAUGACCUACUCUGUCUGCCAUUCUCUUUAGUUCUCAGUGGUCUCCCUCUGUUUAUGACUUUUUCUUGUACAGUUCUGUAUAUUGACAUUUUUGUAUGAUAACUGAAUGAGAGUGUAUGAUGGGGAAACUAGCCGUAUUAUAAUUUCCUUGUUCAACAAAAGUAAAAAAAAAAAAUGAAAAAAAGAUGCUUAACUGUAUUGUUACAGUACAGCCUGUUUGUGUGUGUUUCUCAUCUGGAGUUGUAGAAACUGUUUCUGUGGUCAUACCUUUUGUUUUGCUACAAAAAGAUAAAUAUCAAGAAUUCCUAAAAUGUAUCUGCAAUUUCUCAUUGUCAGUCUUUCAUGACGUGGUAACAUGUGUGCGUCAUCCUUUGCAGGCAGCAGUGUUCCUUUUGUGUUUUGCUGAACCUUUGUUGACAUCAUCUAUUUGUCCUGAAUGCAUUAUAAUCCUUUUUUUUCUUUAUAUUUGCAGUUCUGUGAAUUCCUGAAAAGGGCACAUUCAACAAAUCACAGAAAAUUACCAAAAAAAGGGCGUCGUUGGCUUAGAAUCCAUUCACUGCACACAUUUCGAACACAUACCUCUCAUUUGCUCAAGUGUCCCUCUUUCUAUAAAGUCCACCUUAUAUUCACUAUA